AAUCGUCCGCUCAGGGACGCUGUUUGUUAACGCGCGACAGACACAUCAAUCGGAUCUUGGCGUCGGUUUGAGGCGGUCCACAUCCAGUCCAACAAGUAAGAAACAAAGUACCUCGCUGCUGAAAUGGACACCGCUAACCAGCUUGCAUCUGUGGGGACAUUCCAGGUGCUGAAAUUACCUCUGGGAUUUAUCCGUGUUUUGGAAUGGCUCUUUGCCAUUUUUGCAUUUGCAACAUGUGGUGGCUAUUCUGGGCAGCUGCGGGUCAGUGUGGACUGCAUGGAGAAGGCCAGCAGCAACCUCAGCAUCGGCAUUGACUUUGGUUAUCCUUUCAGGUUGCACCAGGUGUCCUUUGAAGCACCCAUGUGCGAGGCCACGAGGCAGGAACGCGUGUUCCUCAUCGGAGACUUUUCCUCCUCUGCAGAGUUCUUUGUCACCAUUGCGGUCUUUGCCUUCCUGUAUUCCCUCAUGGCCACCGUUGUCUACAUCUUCUUUCAGAAUAAAUACCGCGAAAACAGUCGAGGACCUCUCAUUGAUUUUGUAGUGACAGUAGUGUUCUCCUUCAUGUGGCUGGUCAGCUCGUCUGCUUGGGCAAAGGCCCUGUCUGACGUCAAGGUGGCCACGGAUCCAGAUGAGGUGCAGCUCCUCAUCUCUGCCUGCAAAGUCCCUACCAACAAGUGUGGUCCUGUUCACGGCCCUCGCUGGUCCGGACUCAACACCUCCGUGGUUUUUGGGUUUCUCAACUUUGUUCUGUGGGCUGGAAACAUCUGGUUUGUCUUUAAAGAGACCAGCUGGCACAAGGGCACAAGGUUGGCAGGCGCGGCGUCCGAGAAACAGGCCGGCACCUUCACCCAGCAGCCCUACAACCAGGGAAGCUUUGACCAGUCAGGGAGCUACAACACCCAGGGAAACCUCGGCCAGCCGUCCGAGUACAGCCAGGUGGGAGGGCCCACCUCCUACUCCAAUCAAAUGUAGCUGUGCCUUUUCACCUCUGCAUCUUUAAAUGCGUCAGUCAGCGGGUGACAGGAGAGGAGAGGAGAGGAGAGGAGAGGAGAGGAGAGGAGUGUUGAAUUUCUAAUCAAUCUGUCUGUGCAAAAUGCAAAAAAUGUGGUCAUUAAAAAGGUGUCAAAGUACACAUUGUAUAUACAGGUGUUGCUGAGUAUUGUAAAAAUAAUAAUAAUAUAUAUAUAUAUAUUAGAUAUAGUCAUUUACUCCUUUUACUUCACAGGUGUUGUCUGCGGACUGUUGUAUUUCUUGUAGUUUUAAAACACAUUAGUGACAGUUACUCUCUCUGUGCUUGUAAUUUGACACACAUGCUGUUUUCACUGGAUGUGUUUUUCAAACUGGUUUGUUUGUAUAAUUCGGGUUUUUAAGUGCAUGACUUUAUACGUGUGCCAAAACGAUGUCUGUGAAAACAAGGGGGAAGCAAAAUGUUCAUUUUGCCACUGAAACUUGACCCACACUGCCCCAAAUCAUUACUGAAAGUUUGCGACAUGCGACGCUUUUCAUCGUGACAGGGAAUUUAUUUUGAUAAUGUGUAUUUCUGAUUCAAAUGCGGAGACAGAAUUUAAUUUUGUGAUAUUUCUAUGUAUAUUUGUUACAAAUACAUUACGACUCUUUUCUGACAUUGGUAUCUGGGCAUUGUCGGAGCAAAAAAAAAAAAAAUCCAAAUAUAUAUAUGCAGUCAUUGCAGCAUGAUUUUGUGUGUUUUUGUUUCUCUCGCACUAAUCACAUCGUUCUUUUUUUUUUGAAUAGUGAAAAAAGGGAGUAAUUUUCCCUUAAUGUUUACAAGUGGGUGCUCCUGCUAUAAAUUACUGUGACUGUUUUUUUCUAUGACUACUGGCAAAUUCUACACAUUGCAUUUUUAAGUACGUUCAUAGUUUUCAUUUACACUGGUUAAGCCCAGCAAAAAGCACAUGAGCACCACACGGAUAAUGAAUAAUGGGCUCAUCUGUAUACAUACUGUAUGUGUACUGAGCCUUAUCUUACUUAUUUUACUCAUUUUUGCACAAGGCGUGUACUGUGCAGUCAUGAACCAGAGAUUAUGCCUGUUUGCUAUUUAUUUAGAUUGAUAUGACGUGUGCAGUCCUGUUUUUGACCUUCUUUGCAUGUGGCCUGCAUCAGUGUAAUAAAGUAGAUUGAACAUCCAUGUAUGUAAAACAGUCUGAUACCCAUGACAAAUGUGUACAGGUCCACGUAGUGAGUGUGGAUGAUAUUUUACAGGGAUUCAUGCUAGUAAACCUGUACAAAUUUGUCCAUAAAUGACUCGUCUUCAUGUAUCAGUUCAAAUCUCCUUGUUUGAUCUAUGUGAGUGAACUCUGACCUUUGACCCGCCAGCAUUGUUUCAACAGAAACCAGGUGCUCUCUUUCGGUUUGUUGUCAGAAAUGUGCACAACUUUCCAACAAAGCCAACAAGCCUUUAUACACAAAAUACGCAACCUAUAUAUAGAUAUACUGGAUUCUGAACUCCCUCUGAGAUAGAACUGUGAAAUUAAACUCCUAAAUGCAUCAAAUAAUGAACAUAACGUCCGUAGAUGCCAAUACUUGUACUAGGAACAGCAUCACGACGUGUAAUAAAGCACAAACAGCGCCUCACUGUUGGCUGACACACUCCUAAAAUACACAACAUAACAUGUGGAAAGAAACUGAACCCUGAUGUGUAGAGUGAAUUUGUUUGUUACCAGUACUUUGAUCAAGAAAUGUAUGUUUUACUAUUAUUACUAACAGCUGAAGCUUAAAACAGCAGUAUCAAUGAGGCCAUCUUGUAGCUGAAGCAGCCAUGUGCCAUUAUCAUUUUAACUGGGUAAAAAAAAAUGGACGACUGUUAAAAUAGAUCAGCCCAUCCAGGAACUUCGGUUUUCUUUCAUUUGGCCAUUGUAGAUGCAGUUGCUGAAAUAAAUCCUGCUGGACCUGAAAGAAGGUUUGUUUUGUAUGGGGAUGUAGCCACAGACUAGUUGGGGGACCUCGUGCUGACCCCUGUCCACUGCUGAAUGUGACAGGUGGGCAUCAGAACUAGACCACAGACCAGGAUGCUUGGGGUCACCCAUACAAAUGUUAACAUAAACUAUACUGAAUGUGGCAAUGCAAAUAUUACUAUUUAAAUGCAAUUUACUUAUUGGAAUCCACACCACACACUUCUAACAGACUCUGACAAUGACGAUACUAACCAGAAAACACUUUUAUUAUUAUUACAGCAUCAAUUUUGGGCUAACAGGAAACAUAAAGAUUGCAUAAUAUUUUGUUGUCCUGAGCACUGUUUACAGUGUAGGAUGUCAAGGUGGACCAUGUCCCCACAGAGAAACUGGGGGUGCUCCUGCUAUAAAUUACUGUGACUGUUUUUUUCUAUGACUACUGGCAAAUUCUACACAUUGCAUUUUUAAGUACGCUCAUAGUUUUCAUUUACACUGGUUAAGCCCAGCAAAAAGCACAUGAGCACCACACGGAUAAUGAAUAAUGGGCUCAUCUGUAUAUAUACUGUAUGUGUACUGAGCCUUAUCUUACUUAUUUUACUAAUUUUUGCACAAGGCGUGUACUGUGCAGUCAUGAACCAGAGAUUAUGCCUGUUUGCUAUUUAUUUAGAUUGAUAUGACGUGUGCAGUCCUGUUUUUGACCUUCUUUGCAUGUGGCCUGCAUCAGUGUAAUAAAGUAGAUUGAACAUCCAUGUAUGUAAAACAGUCUGAUACCCAUGACAAAUGUGUACAGGUCCACGUAGUGAGUGUGGAUGAUAUUUUACAGGGAUUCAUGCUAGUAAACCUGUACAAAUUUGUCCAUAAAUGACUCGUCUUCA